UCAAUGCGUUUGAACGGACCGUGUCUAUCUUGAUGUCUGCGUGCCCGGGCCGUUCAGCCCUCUCGCAUCGCUAAUGGAAAUGACGGAAAGGGCAUACUGUUGAUCGAUUCGACUGUGACAUCACAUUUACAUCCUCCGUAUAUAGAGGAAAUAGAACAAUGGAUACGUCGGAGUUGGUUGCGUCUCUAAUAUUUUUGGUCCAAUUGCGGCGAAAGUACCGUUUUAUUAGAUCUUCAACAUGAAUAUGUCACCACAAUUUCGACAACAUUUGUAAUUCUUUAAUAUGCUAAUUGCUUAUGAGAUGGAAAUUUGGUAUUUGGUGAGGCGUUCUAAAAGGGUCGAAAUGCUUUUUGACUUCGGUUUGGCGAUCUCGUUAUUCUAUAUCGCUUUGUAUUUGUACUUCUUUUUCGUUUACUAGAGGUAAACAAAUCCAGCUUUAGUCUUUGGACGUCUACGAUGCUUAAUGCAAAGCGCGAAAUAAAAAAUGGCGCCUGCUCUAAAACUACCCGAUAUAGUGAAGUUUCGGCCUGAAAUAUGGAACUCGAGGCCGCUUGACGAAGACUAUCUACGGACAAUGUUCGCGAAAAAAUUCUGCUAUAUGGAUGAGAAUCAAUGUCGGAUGACGCUAAUAAAUUUGUUUACUGUCCUAAACCGAUAUCGAGAAGUGUUAGAGGAAAGGAUGCGUGAAAUCAUGAGGGCAUCCAUCUCCACUAUGAUCUGUGGUCUUGCCGUGAAUAUCCGUAUAUAUCGAGACGUUGCUUUGUUACUUCAAACGGAUGGACGCAUCGAAACGCAAGUUGACGUUCCAGUUGGCGACGGAAUGCAGAAGCCGAUUGAGUUUAGGCAACAACUCUCAACCGAGGUCAAGGACGCGACACGGAACAUUGCGUACUUCGACAUCAUAGGACCUGCCUUAGCAUGGGCUGCUGUACAGUACUUAGCUGGCGUGCGACGGCUUGAGGCAGCGAAUAACAAUGCACUAAAUACGUUUACUCCCACCUUGGCCACUUCCGUGUACCCGCUGCUGGAAUAUACUGUUCGGACCGAGUUAGAGCGUUUUCGGAAAAUGGGCGUUGAGUUAAAGAUGCCGCGGGGCUGUCUGCGAAUCCUGGAAAAAGCGCUUCCACGACUUGGAAUCGACGGUCUGCUACCGAUCGAUGCCCGUACUCUCGUCAAAACAGCGGCAGUGUUUUUCAAGCAUGUUCAGCCCACGAGGAGUGACCCAGAAUGCCUCAUGUUUAGCCGGCAGUUGGAGCGAUUCAUGCGCGUUUUUAUCGCAGAUGGCCUUGGUGCAUGGGCCGUAGUCGAAGAUAUCACCAAUGGUCGGCCCCAACUAGUGGCGUGUUUAUUUGACUCGAUCGACGAGAUUUGCACAACUGCGAUUCUCGAAACCAACCCCGAACUGGCUAAAGCGCUUGAAACUCUCCGCAAUUUCCGAUCGUCAGUAAUAAUUAAAGGUCAGCUAUCAUUUAUGCGUAAUUCGCACAUGUCGUACUGUGUCUAUGAAACGGGAAUGCUCUCGUAUCUGAAUGCCAAUCUAGCCCACAACAAGGUGCUGGUUGACUGUCUGCAGCGCGCCAAGGACCAGCUAGAUAGACUUUGCCAAUUAGAGCAAAAAGAUGGCAGAGGCGAAUCGAGGACAAUAUCAUCCAUGCCGCAAUCUGAUACUGAAACAAAUAAUUGCGAUGAAGGAGAUGCUGUCGAAAACGUUGAAACGAUACCGUGCAGCAGUAACCAUUGCAGUAGUGAUAACAACGGUGAUAAGAUAAAAGAACACGUGAAUAUCGAUGAGCUCGCAAAAGCAAUUGCCAAUUUAUACAGAACCAAAAGUCAAACAUCAAGAUCUGAUCUGGACGCCGAUAUUGAUGACACCAAUUGGGGAUUUGAUGAUUUUUGGACGGAAUGGCAGAAUUUGAUACCGGCGCGUGUAGGAAUCGCCGGCGGCAACAGCAGCUGUAGUAGUAAGAAAAGGCGACGGCGAAAUCGGCGACGGUCAUAAGGAAAUUGCUCGUAAAAUUAUAAUACGAUUCUCAACUUGAAUACCUUUUACAGUGCUAACUCGUGCCACGGUGUCGUUAGAAAUAAGUUUCGAUCGAAGCCCAGAUCGAAAGUAAUAUAGGAGUGGGACAAAGUUUGACACGCAGAUGGAAAGCAACUCUAAUCUACGCACAACUGCAUGGAAGCAUUUACUCUUGUAAUAUGAUGAAUAAUGACGACAAGCAGAAAACACGAAAUGAAAAUUGGCUCACACUAUUCAUCAGGUUUAUACUGUGCUCUAUGCAGAUAUCCAUAGAUAGGCAUACGGACAGAUAUCCAGGACUUUUCAAGCGUAUAACCAUCUGUAGGAACCGGCGAAGGUGAAAAGAUUUUAUCUUUGUAAAUCACUAGGACGGCCCUUAAGCUGCAACCAGAGCGAAAUAAAUUUUCAACACCGUAUCACAAUUAUGCUGUUAUGGCGUCGCUAUGAAGACCUUUACACGAUUAUAUUUAUGUGGAGCUAUUGAAUGGAAUGCUUAAGCUUGAAAUUAGUUCAGAGAUAUACUAAUAUGAUAUGAUACAUCAAUAAACAAACAAUUUCUUUAGUUUAAAAUCAACCUGAAAUGAUAUAAGUAUAGGAAUUAAUUCCUCCGUUCUGUUACGCCUAUGCGCUCAGCAGCAAUAUUAAUAUAACGGUCAUAUUAUCUAAAAAUGUCAGUCGACGACAUAACGAGGAAGUGAAUAAUUUCGCUUAAUUUUUUUCUUCGGAUCUUUUCCUACACGGAAUCAAUUUCAUUUUCAGAGUUCACUGGAUGUUGUUUUCAUCAGUCGCAGUGGCUUUUAUUUGUUUUUAGGCUAUUAAAGCAUAGAUUGUAACUGGCUCUGCUGAGGAUUGUUAUCGCUAAACGUAACCGCCGCUGUUAGAGGUUUUUUCACUCACAAAUAAAUGUCGUUAAAGCGUUUGGCCUGUCUCAACCUAAAAAAUAGUGCCUAUUUAACCAACUGACUAUUUACAGAGGGCGCGCUUCUCAAAGGGUCACAGGCUGUUGGGAACGCUAUGUACUGCUAU